CAACAAGUAUCCCCCCCAUACUUUCCUUCAUAAUUUUCAUCAUUUUUUUCAACCAAAAAAUAAAUUAAAAAAAACCAUAUAUUAUAUUACACAAUAAAACAAAACAAACAAACAUACCAUGACACUUCUAAGAAAUCCCUUUAUUUUAUUCACUAUUUUUAUCAUUAUUAUUAUGUCAUUUUCAUCUUGCUAUAGCAUUAAAUUCCUUGAUGAUGAUCACAAUAUAAAUAAUCUUGAAGGGGAAUUUGGUAAUGAUUUUCAUUUUAAAGCUUAUCCUUCAAAUUAUUUCAACACCAUUCUUGAUCAUGAAAAAAACAACAAUAUAAAGAAAAAUCUUGAAAUAAUUAGUAGGUUCCAAAGAUAUAAUAAUAUGGAGAAAUUAAAUGAAGAAGAAGAUCAAGCUAAGGUUACAACAAUUAAUGUGGAUAGCUUUGGAGCUAAAGGUGAUGGAAGUAUAGAUGAUACAAAUGCAUUUCAAAAAGCAUGGAAAGAAGCUUGUUCAUCUUCACAUGUUGUGAGUUUUGUGGUGUCCCAAAACAAGAAAUAUCUUCUCAAACCAAUCAAAUUUUAUGGGCCAUGCAAAUCUUCCAUUACAAUGCAGAUUUAUGGAACCCUAUUAGCAUCUGAUGAUACUUCAGAUUACAAGAAGGAUAGUAGGCACUGGCUUAUUUUUGAUAGUGUUCAAAAAUUGGUUGUUGGAGGAGCUGGAGUUAUCAAUGGCAAUGGCAAAAUUUGGUGGCAACAUUCUUGCAAAAUUAAUAAAAAAUUGCCAUGCAAGGUAGCACCCACGGCUCUAACAUUUUACAAGUGCAACAACUUGAAAGUGAAGGACCUUAAAAUAGAAAAUGCACAACAAAUACAUUUGCUAAUUGAGAAGUGUGUUGGUGUUGAAGUUACAAAAUUGGUAGUGACUUCUCCAGAAAAUAGCCCUAAUACUGAUGGAAUCCAUAUAACUAACACUCAAAAUAUUCAAAUUUCUGAUUCCACCAUUGGCACAGGUGAUGAUUGCAUCUCAAUUGUGGAUGGAUCUCAGAAGGUCUUAGCCACUGGCAUUACUUGUGGACCAGGUCAUGGAAUUAGUAUUGGAAGUUUGGGAGGUGGAAAUUCAGAAGCUCAUGUGUCUGAUAUUCAUGUAAAUGGAGCUAAGCUUUUUGGAACUACAAAUGGACUUAGGAUUAAGACUUGGCCGGGAGGAUUUGGAAGUGCAAGCAAUAUUAAGUAUCAAAAUGUGGUUAUGAAUAAUGUCAAAAAUCCAAUAAUUAUAGACCAAAAUUAUUGUGAUCAAGCUGAUGGUCCAUGCAAAGCUGAGACCGACUCAGCAAUUGAAGUGAAAAAUGUGAUUUAUCAAAAUAUCAAAGGCACAAGUGCAACAAAUGAUGCAAUAAAUAUCAAGUGCAGCAAAAAAUUUCCAUGUGAAGGAAUUUUGAUGGAGAAUGUGAAAUUGUUAGGAGGAAAUGGUGAAACUCCAAAUGCUAUUUGGGGAAAUAUUAAUAAUCUUACAUGCAAAAAUGUUUUACCAGAAUGUCAAAAAAACUCAAAAAUUGUAUAAUUAAGUUUGAUAGUGUUAAUUAAUUUUUAAUAGGAUAUUGUGUAGUUAUACAUAUGACAAAUUAAGUGUUAGAAUACAUAAUUAGCAAAUGAUUUGUGAUAAAUGAUAUUCUUUGUACACAUGAAAUAAA